AUGAGUGGAAGAGCAGCAAAAUUUCGGACUCGGAAAGAGGGCACAGACUCAAUCAGUAGUUCUAGACCAAAAUCUACUAAUGAUACAAUUCCGUUCCAGGCGCAGUACACGUUAAGUGCAACCAAAGUCAUCGACCUCUUCUUAGACAAUUUCAAGUAUAUUCUUGGGUCAGACGACCUUCAGGAAAUGAUCCAAGUGGUCAAGGGUGAGUUAUUUAAGAGAGACUAUCUCUCUGCUUUUGAUAGCGAUGAUAAGCGGUUUGCAUACGUGGCCAGGUGGACUCCAGCUAGGGCAUUGGCAUAUGCUUCGCUUUUUGCGUCCUUAGAUCCAAUAAGACAACUUUUUGAAGAUCCCGAGAAGAAAUCACAUGUCUUGUGUGUUGGCGGAGGGGCGGCAUCGGAGUUGGUCGGAAUGGCAUCUGUAUUCUGUAGUCUUAAGCUGUCUCAUGGAGGCUCUCCAUCGAGCUUGGAGAUGGAUGUGAUUGACAUUGCUGAUUGGUCUACAAUCGUGAACAAUCUCACGAACUAUGUCAAGUCCAAUUGGCUCUACGAUGGUAACAACUUCAAUGCCAAUUUCGUGCUUGGUGAUGUUCUCGCCAAAACUGCUACGGAGCUCCAACUUCCAAACUUGGACUUGAUUACACUUUUAUUCACAACCAAUGAGUUGUUUUGUGAAAAGAAGGCAGAAACAAUCAAGUUUCUUCAAAAUUUAAGUACAAAUUGUCGGAAGGGUAGUCUUCUUCUCAUCACUGAAAGUGCGGGUUCAUACUCACAUAUUACUGUUGGCCUGAAGCAGUUUCCCGUGCAGUUCUUAAUCGAUACUAUAUUGGUUGGAAAGCCUGGUGCUGAGAAUGGUGCAUGGAAGAUUGUAGACCAAAGUGAGAGUUGCUGGUACAGAAUUAACGACAAGGAAGUCAGAUAUCCCGUCAAGUUGGAGAAUAUGAGGUUUUUCUACAGAUUAUACCAGAAGAAUUAG